GUUACUUGCCACGAUAUUUUUUACUAGUUACAGUGCGGUAAAAGACAACAGUUUCACAAACCCUCCACUCUCCUUGCGAUUGCGCCGUCGCACCUUUCCCGUCCAGCGAGGCUCACCUUUCACCGUCCUCCCUCUCUAUUCACCGACAGUUGAAUAUUGGUGGUUUAUUGCAACAUGACGCGUAUUGCCAUUGUCAAUGAAGACAGAUGCAAGCCGAAAAAGUGUCGACAGGAGUGUAAGAAGAGUUGCCCUGUCGUCAAAACCGGAAAAUUGUGUAUUGAGGUUAAUUCUGCAUCGAAGAUUGCUUACCUAUCCGAGGAAUUGUGCAAUGGAUGUGGUAUUUGUGUUAAGAAAUGUCCUUUUGAAGCAAUUAAGAUUAUCAACUUGCCGGAGAAUUUGGACAAAGAAACAACUCAUAGAUAUGGUCCUAAUACUUUUAAGCUACACAGGUUGCCGAUUCCGAGGCCGGGGAAAGUGCUUGGUUUGGUAGGGAAAAAUGGAAUUGGGAAGUCCACUGCCCUUAAAGUUUUGGCUGGAGAGUUGGAGCCAAAUUUGGGUCGUUUCACCAACCCCCCUAAAUGGCCGGAAAUUUUGACUUUUUUUCGGGGAUCUGAAUUGCAGAAUUACUUUACUCGCUUUCGAGGGGAAGGUUUGAAGGCUAUCAUCAAGCCUCAGUAUGUUGAUGACUUUCGAAGAAAGGAGCAAGUGAAUGUUGGGCAGGCGCUAGACCAAAAGAAUGAGAGAGAUAUGAAGGAAGAGCUUUGUGCUGCUCUUGAGCUUAAUCAAGUUAUAGAUCGUAAUGUUGUUGAUCUUUCAGGGGGUGAGCUUCAAAGGUUUGCCAUUGCAGGUAUUGCCAUCCAAAAUGCGGAGAUAUACAUGUUUGAUGAACCUUCUAGUUAUCUUGAUGUGAAACAGAGGCUGAAAGCUGCCCAAGUUGUCCGGUCAUUGCUAAGGCAUAAUAGCUAUGUAAUUGUUGUUGAACACGAUCUUAGUGUCUUGGACUACUUAUCAGACUUUAUUUGCUGUUUGUAUGGAACACCUGGUGUAUAUGGAGUCGUAACACUUCCUUUCUCAGUCAGAGAAGGAAUUAAUAUCUUCUUGUCUGGCUUUGUUCCAACAGAAAAUCUUAGGUUUCGGGAGGACUCUCUUACCUUCAAGGUUGCAGAGACUCCACAUGAAACUGAUGAAGCUCAAACAUAUGCUCGGUACAAGUACCCAACCAUGACCAAAACUCAAGGCAAGUUCAGGCUUCGUGUAGCUGGAGGAGAAUUUACGGAUUCUCAGAUUGUUGUUAUGAUUGGUGAGAAUGGGACGGGAAAGACAACAUUCAUUCGUAUGCUGGUUGGUUCAUUGAAACCUGACACUAUAGGUGGAUCUGAUCUGGAGAUGCCUGAGUUCAAUAUUUCUUACAAACCUCAGACAAUUACCCCAAAGUUCAAAUCAACUGUUAGACACCUGUUACAUGAAAGAAUUCAUAAAUCUUAUACUGAUCCCCAGUUUAUAUCAGAUGUGAUGAAACCACUACUUAUUGAACAGCUGAUGGACAAAGAAGUUUUGAAUCUUUCUGGUGGAGAGUUGCAAAGAGUUUACUUAUGUCUUUGUCUUGGAAAGCCUGCAGACAUUUAUCUGAUAGAUGAGCCAAGUGCAUAUCUUGAUUCCGAACAGCGUAUUAUUGCUGCAAAAGUUAUCAAGAGGUUUAUUCUUCAUGCAAAGAAAACAGCCUUUGUGGUUGAGCAUGAUUUCAUCAUGGCAACUUAUCUUGCUGACAGAGUUAUUGUUUAUGAGGGUCAACCUUCAAUUGACUGUACUGCAAAUUCUCCACAAUCACUGCUGACUGGGAUGAACCUUUUCUUAUCACAUCUUGAUAUCACAUUUAGAAGAGAUCCAACUAAUUUCCGCCCAAGGAUCAACAAACUUGAUUCAACCAAGGAUAGAGAGCAAAAGCUUGCUGGGACUUAUUAUUACCUUGAUGACUAAGUUCAGCCUGCUCUUUUACCAACGCAACAACUCAACAAUUUGAGCUUCCCAGUUUUAGUUUAUUACCUUGAUGACUGAGUUCAGCCUGCUCUUUUGUGAAUGCAACAACUCAACAAUUUGAGCUUCCCAGUUUUAAUUUAUUUGAUGCCUUGACCUAUAAGAUAGUCCUUUUUUCCCUGUUGAAGCCAUCUUUCUCAAUGGAUAUAGAGAAGAGUUUGCUGCAUGCAGAGUAUAUGUUGGUUGGUGCAUUUGUACAUGUUUCCGCAAUACUUGGCGAUGUUGCUCAUGGCCAGUUUUGGUAUGAUUUCGGCCAGUGAAUCUGUUUAUUACACAGUUUAUUCGGUCAUGGUUUCACAUUUGAUGUUCCUCAACUGAAUAACGAUGCCAUGUAUUAAGUUUAUUGCCAUCUCAGCUCUCAUAAUUUAUCAUAUGUGACGAAGUAUACGUUCACUUUCAAGUUACUUGAUUUUGGUAGAUCGUUUCUUUUAAGAA